GGCGGGAGCACAGAGACGGCGGAGAAACGCAGCCGGCUGCUGUCAGGGCUGCUGGCCAUCAACAUCCUCUUCCUGGGAGCUGCUCUUGUCCUGAGCUCCAUCUUCAACCGUUCGUCGGUCCCGGGGACCAGGGUCCUGAUCCUGCUGAUGGUGCUGGCAGCCCUGGCCGUGAGCUGGAUGCUGUGUCACCGAGCUGUCACGCCCGCCGUCCCUCACCGAGACCUGCACGCCGGCGCCAUCUGGCUCAGAGGAGCAGUGCUGCUGUUCGGGGUGUGUACUGUUCUGCUUGAUGCCUUCAAGUUUGGCUACUAUCUUCAGCACCAGAACGGCGCAUGUACUGUGAAGAUCAUUUACCCCAUUGUGGAAGCCAUCUUCAUCAGCAUUCAGGCAAACCUACUGUGGUUUCACUCGAGAGACUGCCUCCACGUGCAUCGAGAUGCCACCAGGUGUGGGCUGAUGGUGACCUUGGCCACAGACCUGGUGGUGUGGAUGACCGCAGUUACUGAUGACUCCAUUCACAUGGAAUUAGAGGCUGAGGAGCAGGCAGCACACAACAGGAGCAGCUCGCAGCUCGGAGGUGGUGGGAACAGGUCGGAGCUGGGCUGCCGCAGUGAGCUGUGCGCCGUUUUACGGAAGGCCAUUGUGAUCAUGUACCCCUUCAACAUCGAGUACUGCCUCAUCUCCUCCACUAUGCUGUACAUUCUGUGGAGGAACGUGGGGAGGGUCAUCGGCAGCCACGGCACUCACACCAGCUACAGGUUCCGGGGCCAUGGGCUUGUUGUGGGGCCGCUGCUGGGGGCGCUGGUGAUGGUCGCUGGUUUGGUGAUCUUCGUCCUGUAUCAGCUGGGGGUGUCCGCCCACCCGCGACGGCCCACGCCCUUCCUCCAGUUCUACACCUUCCACAUCGCGCUGCUGUCGGUGAUGUCGCUGUGCUCGCUGGCGGCACUGUCCGUGCACCGGUGGGAGGUGAGAGAGAUGGACAGCAGGGAGAGCCCCACCCGCAGCCUGGACGUGGUCCUGCUGCAGGUGGCCGCCCUCGGACAGCUCUGUGUCAGCUACUUCUCCAUCGUGGCCGUCGUGUCCACCCAUCCCCAGCGCCCCGCCGAUCUUCUCAACCUGACCUACUCCCUGCUCAUGAUCAUCGAACACGUUCUGCAGAACCUCUUCAUCAUUGAGGGACUGCACAGGCAGUGUGUUCCGGAGGACGCUCGUUCACGCUUUGUUGGGGCUUGUGAUAAGGAUUCCACCAUUAACCUUCAGAACCUGGUGGACCAGCAAGCGCCGUCCCCAGACCUGGCCCAAGACCCCCCGGCCGCCGCGGGGAACCUUCAGACCGACGCGCCGGCUGACCAGCCACCGAACGCAGCGCUGGAUGGCUCCCCCAGCCCCGACCUGAGGAAACUCUCUCAGCUGCCUCCGCCAUCGACCAGUACACUCAACUGGAAACGGAAAUUCCUGAAGGAGGUCUCCAUGUUUAUGAUCAUGUCCAACCUUAUCCUGUGGAUUAUGCCAGCAUUUGGAGCUCAGCCCCAGUUUGAAAAUGGACUGGAGAAACAAUUCUACGGGUUUUCCGUCUGGUUUGCCAUUCUAAACUUUGGUCUACCACUGGGGGUCUUUUACAGGAUGCAUUCUGCUGGCAAUCUGCUGGAAAUCUACCUGUCUGCCUGAUGCCCGCUCCCCACAGAUACCACAUUCGCCGUG